GCUUUAUUGAUUACUCUUCAGGAUAACUGGAGAGGGACUAUCUAGCCGUAGUUUUGUACGUGACAUUCGAGCCCUGAUAUAUUUGGGGGAAUGUGCGAACCAUUAUAGGUGAAUCUUGACAACAAAUAUUAAAGAAAGCCGAGUUUAGAGAGGGGAUAAUGGUGGGUUCUAAAGUGGAUGGGCCAUCAGCACUGCCGGUGAGGAGAGACCCAUAUGAGGUGCUUUGUGUCUCUAAGGACUCUUCUGAUCAAGAUAUUAAGACUGCCUACCGAAAGCUUGCUCUCAAGAACGAUUUAUGAAGUUGACCGUAUCCCUGGGUUGCUUUUGUGACCUAACUUAACAAUCUUAUUUUGAUAUCACUGUCUUUUUGUGUUAUUAUAUUUCUCUAAUUGGGAUUGAAGCUGCUUUGAUGAAUAGUGAUAUGAAUAUGCUCAUGAUAUUAUAUUAUAAGUAUUUUUAUCAUGAAGUAUGGGUUACAGCAGAGUUCUGUCCUAUAAGAAAUGAUUUAUUUUUUCUCUGGAGUUAAAAGGCUUGGUAAUUGUUCGUCCGAGAAUGAGUAGAGCUGUGCUCAUAGUUUCAGAUUUGGCUCUGAAGGAGAAAAGUGUUUACAGUGCAGGGAUAAUACAACGCUAGAUUGAGGAAUAGACAAGAAUGCUAACAAUCCGGAAGCUUCUGAGCUUUUCAAGGAGGUUGCAUAUUCAUACAACAUUUUAUCUGACCCAGAGAAAAGGAGGCAAUAUGAUCUUUCAGGGUUCGAGGCACUUGAUGCUGAAGGAAUGGAUAUGGAGAUUGAUUUGUCAAAUCUUGGAACUGUCAAUACAAUGUUUGCUGCUUUAUUCAGCAAAUUGGGUGUGCCUAUCAAGACCACAAUUUCUGCUAAUGUUCUUGAAGAAGCUUUGAAUGGAACUGUCACAGUUAGACCUCUUCCAAUGGGAACUGCUGUAAGUGGCAAGGUAGAGAAACAAUGUGCUCACUUCUUUGGUGUAACCAUCAGUGAAGAGCAAGCAGACUCAGGAAUUGUAGUUAGAGUUUCAUCAGCUUCACAAAGUAAAUUCAAGCUCCUGUACUUUGAACAUGAUGCAAAUGGGGGGUAUGGUCUGGCAUUGCAGGAAGAAAGUGAGAAAACAGGGAAGGUUACAUCUGCUGGAAUGUACUUCUUGCAUUUUCAAGUGUACAGAAUGGAUUCAACUGUAAAUGCGCUGGCCAUGGCUAAGGAUCCUGAAGCUGCUUUCUUCAAAAGACUGGAAGGCCUUCAACCUUGUGAGGUUUCGGAGCUAAAGGCUGGCACUCACAUAUUUGCUGUUUAUGGAGACAAUUUCUUUAAGCCUGCUAUCUAUACAAUUGAGGCACUUUGUGUGAAGACAUAUGGAGAUACAACCCAAAAACUCAGAGAUAUUGAAACUCAGAUUUUAAGGAAGAGAAAUGAACUACGCCAGUUUGAGACAGAAUAUAGGAAGGCAUUGGCACGAUUCCAAGAAGUUACCAAUAGAUACAGUGAAGAAAAACAGUCUGUUGAUGAACUGCUAAAAAAACGCAACAGCAUCCAAUCUUCCUUUACUGUUGCAAGAUCCGUUGCUAUUUCAAGUGGGAGCGGACAUUUCAGCAAUGGAAGCAACAGCAGCAAAUUUACUGGAGAAGAUUUUAGAUCCGAAAGUGCAGGGGAAGAGGGUAGUUCAGAGUCAAAAGAUAAGUCUUCAAAAAAGAAAUGGUUUGGUAUUAAUCUUAAAGGAUCUACUGAUAAAAAAUGAAUAACCUUAAAAACUAACUAUCCUUGCUUCCCAUGGCUCGAAGUUGAAUAGUAGUGUGCAGUCAUUUUGUGACUCUCUAUUGGUUAGGGCUGUUUAAUACCCGAAGUCCGUUCAGCUUGGGUUAUUAUGUAGAACAAGAAGCAAUCACAACACAAAUUCUUGUGAUUCUGUUGUAGCUAAAAGAAGCUAUGCAGUGUCUGUCAUUUGAACAGAGAAAGAAUACAUCUACACCGAGAUGACUGACUGACUACCGACUAGUGUGAUGAUAGAUAGACUUGCGGCGAGGCAACCAGCGAACCCCAGUCACCAACCCUACACACCAUAUAUGCAUGCAGAGCAUCCUCCACAUUUACUUGUUUAGUUUAGUUUCUCUUAUUGAUCUUAGUUAACUUACUACUAUUCUUUAAAUUAAGUCCCCUCCCAGUCACCGGACUUUCUGUUAAUCAAAAUUAUUUAUAUUAUAUAUGUUUAUAGCUCUCCAAAUUAAA